AUGCCAAAAUCAAUCCUCCUAAUCAACGGCCCCAACCUCAACCUCCUGGGCACCCGCGAGCCCCACAUCUACGGCCAUACAACGCUAUCCGACGUCGAGAACAACAGCCGCGACGUAGCAGCAAGUCACAACGCAACGCUAGAAUCGUUCCAGAGCAACCACGAAGGCGCGAUCGUGGACCGCAUCCAAGCCGCCCGCGGCAAGGUCGACGCCAUCAUCAUCAACCCCGGUGCGUACACGCACACCUCCGUGGCUAUCCGGGAUGCGCUGCUCGGCGUUGCUAUCCCUUUCAUCGAGCUGCAUGUGAGCAAUGUCCACGCGCGCGAGCCCUGGAGACAUCAUUCGUAUUUCAGUGAUAAGGCCGCGGGUAUUAUUGUUGGAUUGGGGGUUUACGGAUAUAAGGUUGCUGUUGAGCAUGUUUGUGUCAAUUUUGAGGAGAAGGAGAAGGACGCUAAGGCUGCGCUUUAA